AUGUUGCCAAAACCUAUAGUCCCAUAUACAAUGAGUGAGGUGGGUGCUCCUGAUAGGGAGCGUGAUGGUGAUGGCGACCAGUCUAUGGAUGGUUCUACUUCUUCAAUGACAAUCGAUGACGAUCUUCCCCCUCUGGAAAGGGCUCGACGGCGCAAGAGUAUGCUUGUUGGUCCUCGACCCUGA